UUGACUUUUAAUAACAUUCUUAAAAAACUCAAGCCCUCACUAUCCAUCACUUAUAUUUGACUUUCAUAAAACAAGUGCUCGAGUUUCAAUGGAGAAUUUGCCUGCUGGUUACCGCCCCAGCGUCGGUGUCUGUCUCGUCAACUCCGAUUAUCAGGUAUUUGUCGCUUCUAGAUUGAAUGUUCCGGGAGCAUGGCAGAUGCCUCAGGGUGGAAUUGAAGAUGGAGAGAUGCCAAUUGCUGCUGCAAUCAGGAAACUGCGUGAAGAAACUGGGAUAGUGUCAGUUGAACUUAUUGAUGAGGUGCCAGAUUGGCUAACUUAUGACUUCCCGGCCCCUGUGAAAGCUAAGGUGAAUCGUCUCUGGGAAGGAGGUGAAUGGCAUGGACUGGCACAGAAAUGGUUCCUUAUGAGGCUAACAAAAGAUGAAAGCGAGAUUAACUUGGCAAAUGGUGAAGUAGAUCCAGAAUUUUCGGAGUGGAAAUGGGCAAAUCCGGAAGAUGUAAUUGAGCAGGCAGUGGAAUACAAGAGGCCAACAUAUGAGGAAGUCAUGAGCGCAUUCCAGUCUUAUUUAGAUGUGAACAAAGGACCUGCUAAAUGCCAAUCAACAAAAUGGUGAAUAGUUGCCUCCGGAAGUGCAAUUUUAAUCAUGUUACCAGUAGAUUCUCUGCUGCUUAAUGGUUCCGUCCUUUAGAUUUUUACAGUUAUUGAACUUAUUUAGAUAUUUGCCUCCGGAUGUGCAAUUUUAAUCAUGCUACCAGUAGAUUCUCCGUUGCUAAAUGGUUCAGUCCUUUAGAUUUUUACA